GGGAGGUCGGGUAUAAAAGCAGCAAGAGAACAUGUAGAAAACUGAGCAGUCCUUUUGAACGUACACGGUUGUAACUGUAGGCAUGACCAUGGGCAAGAUAAUCUUUUACGAGGAGAGGAACUUCCAGGGUCGCUCUUAUGAGACCAGCAGUGACUGUCCCGACAUGUCCCCCUACCUGAGCAGAUGUCACUCCUGCAGAGUGGAGAGUGGCUGCUUCAUGGUCUAUGACCAAACUAACUUCAUGGGAAACCAGUUCUUUGUCAAGAGAGGAGAGUAUUCUGACUACCAACGUAUGGGCAUGAGUGACUGCAUUCAGUCUUGUCGAAUGAUCCCCAUGCACCGAGGCCAGUUCAGGAUGAGGAUCUAUGAGAGGGAGGACUUUGGUGGUCAGAUGUAUGAAAUGAUGGACGACUGUGACUCCAUCAUGGGCCGCUACCGUAUGUCUGGCUGCAUGUCCUGCCACGUGAUGGAUGGCCACUGGCUGAUGUACGAGCAGCCUCACUACAGAGGCAGGAUGAUGUACAUGAGGCCUGGAGAGUACAGGAGCUUCAGGGAGAUGGGAUCUGGAGGCAUGCGGUUCAUGAGCAUGAGGCGGAUCAUGGACUCCUGUUAUUAAAAUGUCAGCAUUAAAACACAAGAUUGAAAAAGC